AGAUGGUCAACGCAGCAGCUGAUCAAGAAAACCAAGAUGGUCCACAAACUAACUGUGAAGAACAUUUGCCCUCAACACCUUCAGAGGUUGUAACAACGAGUAUUGUAUUGCCCCAUUCAGAUCGGUUUACUGAAAUUAAAGAAGUACAUAUGACGCCAGGACACUCAGAUGUUUGGAAGAAAGGAGGCCGACUGCUUUCUGCCCUUUUAGCUCUUAAUAUUGGCCUGGUAGCCUGUGUACUGGUGAGCUGUGGUUCACUUGAGGACAUCUAUCUACGAGACACAGAGGUUCUGGUGUUUCUGGUCAUCCUCAUGCUUCUUUCAACUGUUUGGAUGAUUUUCCAGUUCUACUUCUCCUGUCAAAAAGAUGCAGUCCUCUACAAGGACUCACAUGCAGGGCCGGUCUGGCUAAGAGGUGGUUUGGUGUUCUUCGGGAUUUGCAGUCUGGUUCUGGAUGUGUUUAAAAUUGGUUAUUACAUCAGUUAUAUUGAUUGUGAAUCUCCAAUCAAGCUCAUUCAUCCCAUGGUGCAGAGUGCAUUCAUCAUCCUUCAGACUUAUUUUCUGUGGAGGUCCAGUAAACACUGUGUGCAGAUUCACACCAACAUUACCAGGUAUGGCUUGAUGCUGGUGUUAAUCACUAACCUCAGUAUCUGGAUGGCUGCUGUGAGUGAUGAGUCUGUCCACCAGACACAUGAUAUGGAACAUGAUAUCAACGACCUAACUUCAGCAUUUGGACAUCAUGACCAAAAUGACUCUGAUGAAGCUCACAGCCCCACCUGUCGUUGCAGUAACCACUUGUGUCACGUCUUUCAAACAGGAUACUAUUACCUUUAUCCAUUUAACAUUGAAUACAGUCUGUUUGCCUCAGCUAUGACAUAUGUAAUGUGGAAAAAUGUCGGGCGUGAGAUGGAUGAUCACAUGCCGUGCCACAAACGUUUAAGCCAGUGUUUUUGUUUCAAAACUGUAUUUGUUGGAUUGCUGCUUGGAGGAGGGGUAUUACUUGGGGGCAUUGUGGCCCUCGUCACCUACAAGGUACAAGUAAACAGUGCAGACACAGUCUACCUGGCUCAUGUCAUGUUCUAUUCAUUCAACAUUGUAGCUCUCAGCCUGAUGUCAGUAGGCUCCCUCGCUGGCUCCAUCAUUUACAGGUUUGACAAGAGAGACAUGGAUGGCCAUAAAAAUCCUACUCGAACACUGGAUGUUGCCCUACUGCUUGGGGCUGCACUGGGGCACUACUGCAUCUCUUACUAUUCCAUAGUAGCCAUGGUUGCCACUUCUCCCAGAGAGGUCCUCAAUGCUUUGAACCUGGUAUAUUCAAUACUCAUGAUUGUGCAGCUUACACUUCAGAACACUUUUAUUAUUGAGGGACUGCACAGACAACCAUUCCGAGAUGCAGCGAAAGUACCCGAAAAUGGUAUUAUCUAUGCAAAUGAGGCUGUGGCACCGGCCAUACCAGAAGAAGAACCACCCGGAACAACUGUUCCAAGCUCUGAUCUGAUGCAGGCCAUUGGUCAGAUACAAGGUACAGAAGAUCCCCCAUGGAAUCUGAAGAGAAGAAUGGUUCAGGAGAUCUCUCUUUUUCUGCUCCUGUGUAACAUCAUACUUUGGCUCAUGCCAGCAUUUGGAGCUCGCCCACAGCUGAAGAACAACCUGGAGUUGAAAUUCUACGGAGUUGUUGUCUGGACUAUAAUCACCAACAUAUGUCUACCUUUUGGGAUUUUCUAUAGGAUGCAUGCUGCUGCUAGUCUGCUAGAAGUGUUCGGGAUGUCUUAAAUGGUGCUCUCAUGAGGAUAAGGGCAUAUACAGUGUUAUAGAGUGAGGGGAUGGCAGAGUGAACGCAGGAAAAAUGCAAUAAAUAAUGAAAAUAUAGACAAAUACCAUUGGAUGAAAGAGUGGAGGUAUCAGAAAAAUCUUGAAUAAUGAGGACUUGCAAUUACUUUACGGAUACAAAUGCUAAGAUUGGUAAAUAAAAAAGGGUUUCCCAUCAUGUUAUCAUCUUCCUACAACUCUAAGACCAGCACAAGAUAUUAUUCUUCGUAUUUAUUUAUUUUUAAAAAACAAGAUUUUCAUGAGUAUAGUAUAACUACAAAGUUUUAUUGCAAGUUUUCUUCUGAAAACACAAUGGAAUGUGAGCAGCUAAUAGCAACAUAUUUCUAAUCAGUGUCAUGUGCCAAAUUCUCCUUCACUGUCAUUUACCUCCAUUCACCGUCAUCCAUACUGAAAAUUUACUGGACAUUAACUGAGCUAAAGAUAAAAGCUGGAUGUAAAAUGAAGGUUGUAAAAUGUUGCGUCAAUGUGAAAAACAAUU